UUGUCCUUCUCGGUAUCCGUAGCCUGCAACAUCGGAUGACGUAGCGCCCGAGGAGUAGUUCCUGGUUAAUCCAAACAUCGACGACUCACAGCUAUUAACGAUUACAAAUUUAAUAAAUAACUUCAAUAAAUAACUUCAAAUGGCUGCUCAGAAGAUAAACGAAGCCCACGAACACAUCGCUAAAGCGGAAAAAUGCCUAAAGACAAGCCUGACGAAGUGGAAACCUGAUUUUGACAGUGCUGCAUCUGAGUACGCCAAAGCAGCUGUGUGCUUCAAGAAUGCAAAGCAGUAUGAACAAGCAAAGGAUGCUUACCUGAAGGAGGCAGAGUACCACACAGAAAACAAAACCCUUUUUCAUGCUGCAAAGGCCAUCGAACAGGCAGGCAUGAUGAUGAAGGAACAAAAGAAAAUGCCAGAGGCCAUCCAGUAUAUAGAGAAAGCCUGCAUGAUGUACAUGGAGAAUGGGACUCCUGAUACAGCUGCUAUGGCUCUGGACCGGGCGGGAAAACUGAUAGAGCCUUUAAACCUGGAGAAAGCUGUUGAUCUUUAUCAGAAAGCAGCUGGUGUGUUUGAGAACGAAGACCGUCUACGUCAGGCCGUGGAGCUGCUGGGAAAAGCCUCCAGACUCUUGGUCAGGUUAAAAAGGCUGGAUGAAGCUGCAGUCGCCCUGCAGAAGGAGAAGAACAUGUACAAAGAGAUUGAAAACUUUCCAAUGUGUUUUAAAAAAACAACCGCUCAGGUCCUGGUUCAUCUCCACAGAGGCGACUACGUUGCAGCUGAUAAAUGUGUCAGAGAAAGUUACAGUCUGCCUGGAUACAGCGGGAGUGAGGACUGUGUUGCCAUGGAGACGCUACUGCAGGGCUACGAUGAGCAGGACGAGGAUCAGGUUUACCGGGUGUGCAACUCACCUUUACUCAAGUACAUGGACAAUGAUUAUGCCAAACUGGCCAUCUCGCUGAAGGUCCCAGGAGGAGGAAAGAAGAAAAAGGCGGCUGCUGCUCCACAAGGGGGCGCCAGUGGGGCACCAGCUGCUAAAGAGGAGGAUGAGGAUGAGUAUGAAGGAGGGCUGUGUUAGCCUUCAUCUUUCAGACCACACCCCCUCAGCAUGUGGCUUGAAAAAUGGCUGUUUGAUCCUACAUGUGCAAGAAAAUGAAACAAUAAUCCCAACAGGUCAUUUGGGUCAGAUUAAUCGAUAUUAAGCCCUUAUUGUUAUUCUUUGAGGUGGCCGCUCCGCCUGCUCUGUUGUUUGUUGUCUCAGUGAAGCUGUACAUAGUGCUGUUACUGUUUGUGGGUAAAUCGCAACAUUACUUUAGAUAUGUUCAAAUGAUCAGCACUGAAUGUGUCUGAUGACCUCAUCAGUGUACAAGUGUUUAUUUGUACAGUUAAUUUAUUCAGUAUUCAUGGCUAUUUAAGACUUUAGUGGAGCAAAUAUGCAAACAUACUGGGAAUGCAUGUUUCAGAUAAUAAAAGGGUCAAAUCAAAACUAUAACAGAUGAAAUUAAUUAUGAUUUUAGCUCAAUGUAGAUGGAUUUUGUUUGUCUACCUCAAGGUGUGUGCUACCCUAAAAUAAACAUCUUGAAUGUGUCCUUGUUUACACAUUUUAGUUAGUUUGGUUUUUUUAAGCAAAAGGGACCAUGAUUUCCUUGUUUGUGAUAAAAUCAGCCUGCUUUAAAACCAAUACCUAAAGUCCAAACUUUGCACAUGCAUCAAUAAACAUUUCCCUUGUUCCACA